CUUUUGUUUAUUAUUGACAACGCAGCGACACUUCGACCUUCAACCCCAGGACCUCGACGACAAAACCGUUUCGACUCUCGAGCACGACAAUUCCAUUUUCGACCUUCGACUCCUGUAACGAUUCCCUUGCGACCUCGAUGCCGAUUUAGUCAACAAAGACUACCCCUCCUUAGGUUCACCGCCCCCACCACGACCCUCGAGAAGCAGAUUUACCUGCAUCCAUUACUCCUCCACACUCCUUUGAAUCUCAGCAAUCGACAUAUUCCACCAUGGAGAACUACCAGAAGUUGGAGAAGAUUGGAGAAGGCACAUACGGUGUCGUCUACAAGGCUCGAGAUCUCCUUCAUCCAGGACGAAUUGUUGCGCUCAAGAAGAUCCGUCUUGAGGCAGAGGAUGAAGGAGUGCCUAGUACCGCCAUUCGCGAGAUCUCUCUCCUUAAGGAGAUGAACGACCCGAACAUCGUCCGCCUCUUCAACAUCGUACAUGCCGAUGGCCACAAGCUAUACCUAGUUUUCGAGUUCCUCGACCUCGACUUGAAGAAAUAUAUGGAAGCUCUUCCUGUCAGUGAUGGUGGCAGAGGCAAGGCACUGCCCGAGGGCUCUGGUCCAGACUUGGGACGUCUUGGGUUGGGAGACGCGAUGGUUAAGAAGUUCAUGAGCCAAUUGUGUGAGGGUGUUAGGUAUUGCCAUAGCCAUCGCAUCUUGCACCGUGAUCUCAAGCCGCAGAACCUUCUGAUUGACCGUGAAGGCAAUCUCAAGUUGGCUGAUUUCGGUCUUGCGCGUGCCUUUGGUGUCCCCCUGCGCACAUACACUCACGAGGUUGUUACUCUGUGGUAUCGAUCCCCAGAGAUCUUGCUUGGUGGCCGACAAUACUCUACUGGUGUUGAUAUGUGGUCUGUCGGAUGUAUUUUUGCUGAGAUGUGCACCCGAAAACCUCUCUUCCCAGGAGAUUCCGAGAUUGACGAGAUUUUCAAGAUCUUCAAGCUUCUAGGUACACCAACUGAAGCCGACUGGCCAGGAGUCAGUGACAAGACCUGCUUUCCCGAUUUCAAGACAUCGUUUCCUAAAUGGAUCCGUGACGAGUCAAUCCCAUUGUGCUCGAAUCUUGACGAGAAGGGACUUGACCUCCUCGAACACAUGCUCGUCUAUGAUCCUGCCGGCCGUAUCUCUGCUAAGCAGGCAUGCAUGCACCCCUAUUUCGAGGAAGGUAGCUCCGCAUACUCUCGACGUGGCUUAGGACCAACUUAUGAAGCCAGUAAUGGCUACCACUAGAUACCUCCAACGAGGAAGGAUGAUUUGAUGGGGAACGAGUGACUAUGAGACAUAGCUUAGCACAUCAUGGCUUAAGCUUGGAUAGAGACGAGGCGCAGAAAAACGGGUACGAAGAGCUUUGCCAGCUACUCAUCUUGGAGUAGCUCUGGGAAACUCUGCCAUUACAUGCUUUCUUUUGUUAGGUGGGAUGGAUGGAUGGAUACAUGGCUGGUGGGACCUGGUAGCAUGGGGCGGAUUGGCGUCUAUCUGGGGAUUUCUUCAAUGCUCGGAUUGUCAUCAUUGCUUGCCUCCUAUACUUGUAGUGUACAGAAAACCUUGCGCUGCUUCUUUUUAUUUCUUCAUCGUACUACAUUUUCCCGCUGUCUGUAAUGGAAUCGCAAAAACCCGAAAUCAUCAUCCAUGAGAAUGUGUAUGUAUGUAUGUAUGUAAUCUUUCAUUCUUAUCGAAAUCGAUACUCCU